UGAAUAAAUCAAUACCGGUGGCAUUUGCAUACAUAUAUAAAUCAACCAUAGCUUUAAUAUUUCAAUAGUACUGGUUUAUUAAUGCAGAGAAUAGCAAGUAUGAUAGAAACAACGCAACUGUUAGCAGACUUAAGAAAAGUCUUCCAGAAAACAGAAAAAAAUAUUGUGGCGUAUAUCAUACCAUCAGAUGACGCACAUAAUUCUGAAUAUAUUUGCCCGCACGAUGAGCGAAGAGCGUUUAUAAGUGGUUUUAACGGUUCAGCUGGAACCGCCGUUGUUACAAAUGAUAAAGCAUUGUUGUGGACGGACGGGAGAUAUUAUCAGCAAGCUGAAAAACAGUUAGAUUCUAAUUGGACACUUAUGAAAGAUGGGUUGCCAACUACUCCUAGAAUUGGUGCAUGGUUAGCAAAAAAUUUGCAAAAGGGAAGUAAAAUUGGAUUUGACCCUAAAUUGAUCUCCUAUAGAGCUUGGCAACCAAUCAAAACUGAUUUGGAAGCAAAUGAAUGUGAACUUAUCGGAAUUGAAGAAAAUCUUAUUGACAUAAUUUGGCAUAAUCAACCAUGUCGCCAAAAAAAACCGAUUAUUACUUUAGAUCUAUCAUUCACAGGUCUCACAAUAAAGGAAAAAUGGAACCAAGUUCGCAAAGAUAUGGAUGAUAAAAAUGUAGAAUGCUUAGUAGUCAGUGCUUUAGAUGAGGUGGCAUGGUUUUUGAACAUGCGAGGUGAUGACAUUGGUUAUAAUCCUGUUUUCUUUGCAUAUUUGGUUAUUACACAUAACGAAAUUAUGCUUUACGUUGAUUCUUCAAAACUUCCAAACGAUUUUGAAGAUCAUCAACAAAAAAAUCAAGUAAAAAUUAAUAUUCUUGAAUACGAGUAUAUUAAAAAUACUAUACAGAGUAUUGAAUCUUCAACUGAAAGGAAAAUAUGGAUAUCUCCAACAUCCAGUUACUUUUUGAAUACUUUAGUUCCAAGAAAAAAAUUGCAUCAAGAAAUAACAUCUAUAUGUCUGAUGAAAGCUAUUAAAAAUCCUAUAGAAUGUGAAGGAUUCAUUCAAAGCCAUAUUAGAGAUGGUAUUGCUUUAUGUCAAUAUUUCGCUUGGUUGGAAGAAGCUUUAAAAAAUAAUGAAUACGUCGAUGAAAUAUCUGGGGCAGCUAAAUUAGAGGAAUUUAGAUCAACGAAAGAUCAUUUUAAAGGCAUUAGUUUUUCUACAAUAAGCUCCUCGGGACCAAACGGAUCUAUUAUUCAUUACCGUCCUACACCUGAAUCAAAUCGACAAAUAAUCAGUGAAGAAAUUUAUUUAUGUGAUUCAGGCGCCCAAUACUUGGAUGGGACGACUGAUGUCACUAGAACAAUGCAUUUUGGGGAACCAACUGAUUUCCAAAAAGAAGCUUAUACUCGCGUUUUAAAGGGUCAAUUAAAUUUUGCAGCAACAAUUUUCCCGAAAAAGGUUAAAGGUCAAGUAUUAGACACUUUAGCUCGCAAAGCUCUUUGGGAUAUAGGUUUAGAUUAUGGCCAUGGCACAGGUCACGGAGUGGGACACUUUCUAAAUGUGCACGAAGGACCCAUGGGUUGUGGAAUACGUUUAAUGCCGGAUGAUCCUGGUUUACAGGAAAAUAUGUUCAUUUCAAACGAACCAGGAUAUUAUAAGGACGGAGAGUUUGGAUUAAGGAUUGAAGAUAUAGUACAAAUUGUUGAAGUGAAACCAAAAUUUGACUUUUCAGGACGUGGCGCACUCGGUUUUAAAACUAUCACAAUGUGUCCAAAGCAAACAAAAAUGGUUAAAAAAGAAUUACUAACAGAAAACGAAAUAAAGCAAUUAAAUGAUUACCAUAAAGAAGUGUGGGACACUUUAUCCCCUAUUUUGGAGUCAAAUAAUGAUACGUUGACCUUAUCCUGGCUUAAGAAAGAAACUAUAGCUAUAUAAGCAAUAAUUAUUACAAAUGUCACAAAUUAAUAACAAAAAAUAUAGUUGCAAAAAUUUUUUAAUUGUUCUUAA